CGCCCGUCUGCGCGUGCGCGGAGCGGCGCGGGACCCGCAGGCAUGGCGUUCCGGCAGGCGCUGCAGCUGGCCGCCUGUGGCCUGGCGGGGGGCUCGGCCGCCGUGCUCUUCUCGGCCGUGGCGGUGGGAAAGCCCCGUGCGGGCGGGGACGCGGAGCCGCGCGUGGUCGAGCAGCCGGCGUGGGCGGGGGCCGGGCGCCCCGGGCCCGGCGUCUGGGACCCCAACUGGGACAGGCGGGAACCACUCUCCCUGGUCAACCUGCGGAAGAGGAACCUGGACUCUGGAGACGACGAUGUGACGUCCAGGAUAGACCACUGCAAAGCCAAGGCCACGCGGCACAUCUUCCUCAUCAGGCACUCCCAGUACCACGUGGACGCCUCCCGGGACAAGGACCGCACCCUGACACCCCUGGGUCGUGAACAGGCUGAGCUAACUGGUCUCCGACUUGCAAGCUUGGGGUUGAAGUUUAAUAAAAUUGUGCAUUCCUCCAUGACCCGCGCAGUAGAAACCACGGACAUCAUCAGCAAACACCUGCCAGGUGUAUCCACGGUCAGCACAGACCUGUUGAGGGAAGGCGCCCCCAUCGAGCCUGACCCACCUGUGUCUCACUGGAAGCCAGAGGCUGUGCAGUAUUACGAAGACGGAGCCAGGAUCGAGGCCGCCUUCCGGAACUACAUCCACCGGGCAGAUGCCAAGCAGCAGGAGGACAGUUAUGAGAUCUUCAUCUGCCAUGCCAACGUGAUCCGCUACAUCGUGUGCCGGGCACUGCAGUUCCCUCCAGAAGGCUGGCUCCGCCUCUCCCUCAACAAUGGCAGCAUCACCCACCUGGUGGUCCGGCCUGAUGGUCGCGUGGCGCUCAGGGCCCUUGGGGACACCGGGUUCAUGCCUCCUGACAAGAUCUCCCGCUCCUGAGGCCCCCCUGGCAUGGGAGCUGCCAAGAACACAGACACAGACGCCUUGCCUCCGUCCCCUCCACAGGCUGCACUGGGAUCACUUCCUUUCUUCAGGACCAGGUGACGGGCACUGAAGUGUCUAAAACGCCGCUUUCCAGUCCUUCCUUCUGGCCCAGGAUGGAAAAGGCACGUCCAGGCCAGACCAGCCUGGCCCUUUCACCCAGUUCCCUGCUUCAGUCUCGUCCACUGGGACGAGCCUGUGGGGUUCAGGGAGGCCUCGGCUGCCACUGCGGGGACCACUGCAGAUCCACAGCUGGCCACACGACCCCUUGAGUCUCUCUCAGCAAAGCCUGUUGGGCAACAGGGACUUGGAGGAGGGUCCAGCACUUCCAUUCAUAACUUAUUUUUCUUGGCAUAGUCUUUUCAUUUCUUAAAACCCUUUGUCACUUCAAUAUUUGUCUGUCAAUUAGAGAUUUUCUGCUGGGUUCUCACAUAGAAAACCAGUGUCUCACUCCAAAGUCAUGCACCCCUGACACUGUUGAAUCUGAACUCACCUGUGUUAUUAGGCCUCUCCUGACACACAGGAGCACCUGGGCAGGUGAGGGAGGGGAUGAAACCUGCUGGUCUCAUGGGGGAGGGGCCAGGUGGACAGCCCAGGAGAGUCCUGUUUAAGUAAAAUAUCUGACAGCUCGUUCUGUGUUUGCUUCUGGCUGUCAAACCUUGAUGCUUAUGGAUUAGAAUGUUUGGACAUGAUGUAUCCAUCCCAAAUUAUCUUUUUAUAAAAACAGUACAAUUUCUAUCAAGUGGUUAUGAACAUUUUCUGCAGUCAGUGCAACUAAAUGGGAUAUUUGAUCUAUUUCUCUGUCAACUUUGGAAACAACUACAAAAUAAAAUUUUAUU